AACAUUUUUGGGCUCGAAAGAAUCCUUUUUUAGACAUUUUUCGUCCUUCGGCUCUUAAUUUUGUAAUUUUAUUUUUCUUUUUUAAGAAAUCCAGUCAAGACGGCCACCGCGAAUUCAGAGAGCAAACACCCUGCGGAAUCUCAUGCCACAAUAUCCCAAUUUCGAGGUUAUCUCAACAUGACAUCUUCUUCUGCGCAGUCAUUGCAUAUAUUUCUAGCCAUGUCUACCGAUUUUCGAGCCUUUUAUCAGUUUUUCGCUGCCACCUUCCCCAACACCCUCUUAAUCCAUUCGAGCUUUUCCGGUUUCGAGCCCUCCUCCAUUCUCUCGAGAAACUUUCUGGGCUCCGACUGCCCUUUCGUCGUGCCCCCUUGGUUUUGGAAUUACCAUCGUUGGGCCUUUCGAUAUGGGAGGUUGUUGCAGUUGCGAGAUUUCGUGUGGAGGCAAGGUGAUUAGGCACAUGGAUGAUAGAGAAUAUGGUCGCCCAGAGCGCGAAGAUAUUGCUUAUGGAGAUUCCGAAGCUCGAAUAAGAUUAAGAGGUUCCUCUAAGUUUGUAUCAAUGUAUUGUCAACAAGGAAGUAAGGGGAUUAACCAAGAUGCUUUAACAGUUUGGGAGGGCUUUUCCGGUGAAAAAGACACGAUCUUCUGUGGUGUGUUUGAUGGUCAUGGUCCAUUGGGACACAAGGUUUCCCAAUAUAUACGUGACAACCUUCCAGCAAAGCUCGCUGAAUCGAUCAAAAUGUCCCAACAGAAGAAGGUCAGCAAACUCUGGGAUCCUUAUCCUCGAGAUAGAAGCAGCCAUGUAAAUGUGUCUGGUCAAAAUGACCAAAACAUGUCCCUUGCUUCAUGGGAGCGCAGCCUUGUCAAGUCUUUCAAUGAGAUGGAUGAAGAUGUUGCUCGAGACAUUAACACUGACAGCUUUUCCAGCGGUACCACUGCUGUAACUGUAAUUCAACAGGGUGACCAGCUGAUAAUUGCAAAUUUGGGAGAUUCUCGUGCAGUUCUUUGCACGAGAGGAGAUAAUGAUGAACUUAAUCCGGUUCAACUCACUGUGGACUUGAAACCUGAUAUUCCAAGCGAAGCUAUGAGAAUCCAAAACUGUGAAGGCAGAGUUUUUUCUGCAGCAGAAGAAUCACAAGUAUACAGAAUAUACAUGCCUGAAGAGGACUGUCCUGGACUCGCCAUGUCAAGGGCCUUUGGAGAUUUCUGCCUUAAAGAUUAUGGCCUCAUCUCAGUUCCUGACGUCUUCUAUAGAAAAAUAACCAAGCUGGAUGAAUUUGUAGUGUUGGCAACUGAUGGGGUUUGGGAUGUGCUAUCUAACGCUGAAGUGAUAAGCAUAGUUGCUUCAGCGCCAAGGUCUAUGGCAGCAAAAAUGUUAGUAAGGCAUGCUGUUUCGGUCUGGAGAUACAAGCAUCCCAAUGCCAAGAUCGAUGAUUGUACAGUGAUAUGCUUGUUCCUGCAUGAACAGCCUACUUUACCCGAUUCUCCAUCUGCUAGGAGCAACAUACGUCAAGGGAAGAACCUUAGAAAUGAAGGUACUGAAAGUUUGGUAGAUGAUGACAAGAGUUCUGUAAUAACAUUAGGGCAGGAAUUGGAUGGUCGUGGAAGAUUGUCUAGAGCCAACUCUGUAUCAUAUUCAAAAUACCCACGACUCUCUACGGUUGUGAGUAGAAAAUCUUCUCAGUGCGUUGAUGGGGUCGUUGAAGUUCAGUAGCCCUGCAUUUCAAAUUCAGUUAUGCAAAUAAGACUAUUGUUACAAGGUGGAAGAGAACAUGUUGGGGUUGGAGAUUGAGGCUCCACUUUAUAAUUCCACAUGAAAUAGUGGAUUAAAUCAGGCAAAAGCGCGCAUAGAUGUAAUAAUCGUUGUCUCCUCAAAACACUUCCAGGGGGCACCAUAACGGCAAGACCUGAACAUAGAAAAAAGAAAGGGAAAAUGGAGGAAGGCAUUUUGUAACAGCUGCAUCUGUACAGAAACAUAAUGGCAGUCGUAAAGAGUAAGACUUGUGUCAUAUUGAUCACAAAAAGAUGAAAAACUAAAACAUCAUCGAUGACCAAUUAGGUUAUAUAUUUGGUAAAUAUUUUUCUUUUUAAUCAUAAGGAUCAACUUAGGUUUGCAAUAGCAUCGAUAAAAAUUGAUUUCAAUGGCUACAUGAUUUAAAAAAAAAAAAAGCUCAUAGCGCAUUGCAUUGACAAAA